GGUAAUUAGACCCAGACAGGGAGGGUCAGUGCGGGUCUGAGGAGGGAACACACGUGUGCAGGCAUGUGCUCCACUGUGGCGUGUUGAUACUGAUCAGCCUGGGCACCAGGCCCCCUCGGGAGCCAGCUUUGCUGUUCUGAGUAGAAGGGAGGUCAGGUUUCCUUGAGAAACCCCAAAAUAGCCCCCAACUGGCCCGACUUCCAGCGGGCAGCCCAGCCCCCAGGCCCUGUCUGUCUUGUCCCCUUUCCCCCUUCACCCCCAGCCCAUGUCCUGCUGUCUUCUCCCUGAAUGGUGGACCCUCAGCCCCUCCUGUACAAGGUGGUCAAGAGGUGCCUAAUGCAUUUGUGCAUUUGACCUGUCCUGAGAGUUUGUGACAUACCGGCACGGGGCCAACGUUGAGUCCACCAGGAUGGGAGGGUGGCCAGGCUCUGAGCCACUGGGCACCAGCCGGCCAGGAUAGGCCUUCAACAAGAAAUCUCACUGCAGCCCUGGUGCCACCACCCUGCAGAAUCCUGUCAGACAACCACCGACAUGACAGAGCGCCUGUCGGCUGAGCAGAUCAAGGAGUAUAAGGGAGUCUUUGAGAUGUUUGAUGAAGAGGGCAACGGGAAGGUGAAGACGGGGGAGCUGGAGCGGCUCAUGAGCCUGCUGGGUAUCAACCCCACCAAGAGUGAGCUGGCCUCGAUGGCCAAGGACGUGGACAGAGACAACAAAGGGUUCUUCAACUGCGAUGGUUUCCUGGCACUAAUGGGAGUUUACCAUGAGAAGGCCCAGAACCAGGAGAGCGAGCUGAGGGCAGCAUUCCGCAUCUUCGACAAAGAGGGCAAGGGCUACAUUGAUUGGAACACACUCAAGUACGUGCUCAUGAAUGCAGGGGAGCCCCUCAAUGAGGUGGAGGCAGAGCAGAUGAUGAAGGAGGCUGACAAGGACGGGGACGGGACCAUCGACUAUGAGGAGUUUGUGGCCAUGAUGACCGGGGAGUCCUUCAAGCUGAUCCAGUAGGGCGCAGCUGCUACAGUUGUGGGAGGCCUGCCCGGGAAGGCCGCUGCCCCUGCCCCCUGCCACCCACUCCCCCAGCUCUGUGCAAAAUAAAUGUUCUAGCC